CAGCAGUGGAGGAGUGGGGAGGUGGGAGUGAAGCCUGGCCGUCACCUCUACCAUUCAACGAAUACCGGGAGGCGAGGACACUGCCGGUGCAGACACAGAUGCUGAGUGUUUGCUGUGGGAGGACAUCACAGCUAAGGAUAAAUGGCAGUGGAUCCAGUAUGGCCGUACUAUCAGUGACCACACGGAAGCCAAGCUGUUGAGGGGCACCUGAGUUUACAGCAUGGGUACAGCAACUGAGGAACUGGUAGUGAUAGAGGAUGACUCCACCUUGGACCCUCUGUGUUUCGAGUGCGGUCAGCAGCACUGGACAAGAGAGAACCAUCUGUACAAUUAUCAGAAUGAAGUGGACGAUGACCUGGUUUGCCACAUUUGCCUACAACCACUGCUGCAGCCUUUAGACACGCCAUGCGGUCACACGUUCUGCUAUAAGUGCCUCAGAAACUUCCUACAGGAGAAGGACUUCUGCCCCCUGGACCGCAAACGUUUGCACUUCAAGUUUUGCAAGAAAUCCAGUAUCUUGGUGCACAAGCUGCUGGACAAGCUUGUCGUUUCUUGCCCUUUCUCCACCACAUGCAAAGAUACCAUGCAGAGGUGUGAUGUGGAAGCGCACCUUAAAAACAGGUGUCCCGGAGCAUCCCACCGUAGAGAAGUACUGCACCAGCAGAGGGCAACCAAUUUGCAGAUAGAUAUUGAAGGUGAAACUGGCCCUUCUGUGAUUGACCAACCAGGAGCUGUAUCACCAGAUGUAGAAAAAGCAGGAACUGUGCCAGCGCUCUUGGAGAGGAACUCAACCCCAACUGUACUUCCCAUGUGUUCCGAAGACCAAGGCUUCGAAAACCCUGACUUUGAGGAGGGCUCAGUGGCCGACACUACGCAUCUACCGCCGACCCUGCCCGAGGGGGAAAUCACUGCGAUAGAAAUUCACCGCUCCAAUCCUUACAUAGAAUUGGGAAUCAGCAUAGUUGGUGGCAACGAGACUCCUUUAAUAAAUAUUGUCAUCCAAGAGAUAUAUCGAGACGGCAUCAUCGCUCGGGAUGGAAGACUUCUUGCUGGCGACCAAGUCCUUCAAGUUAAUAAUGUUGAUAUCAGCAAUGUGUCUCAUAACUAUGCUAGGAUGGUCCUUUCGCAACCAUGUUCUUUGUUGCAUCUCACUGUCCUGCGGGAGCGGAGGUUUGGGAACAGGACACAUGGCCACGUGGACAGUAAUUCACAACGAGAUGAGAGUUUUCACGUCACCCUGAACAAGAGAGGCUCCAACGAACAGCUCGGUAUUAAGCUUGUCCGUAGGACGGAUGAAUCGGGAGUUUUUAUUCUGGACCUCUUGGAAGGAGGAUUGGCUGCUCAGGACGGGAGACUUCACAGCAAUGACAGAGUUCUAGCUAUCAACGGGCUUGACUUGAAACACGGAACCCCUGAACUUGCUGCUCAGAUUAUUCAGGGUAGUGGAGAACGUGUUCAUAUGACUGUAUUCCGACAUGGAAAGCAUCAGAGCGGCAGCAUUACUAGGGAAACGAGUAAUGGUCAGUCUCACCAUCACAUGCAGCAAUUCUAUCAUCACAGACCCAGUGCGCAUAAGGAUCUUUCCCAGUGUGUUACAUGCCAGGAGAAGCAUAUUACUGUAAAGAAAGCACCCAUGGAGUCAUUGGGAAUGACUGUGGCUGGGGGCCGAGGAAGUAAGAGUGGGGAGCUACCAAUCUUUGUGACGAGUGUGCAGCCUCAUGGAUGCCUUGCACGAGACAGCAGAAUCAAACGAGGGGAUGUCCUACUGAGUAUUAAUGGUAUCGACCUGACCAAUCUCAGCCACAGUGAGGCGGUGACCAUGCUGAAAGCCAGUGCGACCUCCUCAGUAAUCACACUGAAAGCCCUGGAGGUGGAAGUUGUUGAAGAACAAUCACAAACCAAUGAAGAAAUGAGCACAAUCAGUGAAAAUGAGUAUGAUGCCAGCUGGUCUCCAUCAUGGGUCAUGUGGCUGGGACUUCCCAGCUGUCUUCAUAGUUGCCAUGAUGUAAUCCUUCGGAGAAGUAGUUUGGGGAGUUGGGGCUUCAGUAUUGUUGGUGGUUAUGAGGAAAAUCACACAAACCAACCAUUCUUCAUUAAAACGAUUGUACUCGGGACUCCUGCCUAUUACGAUGGACGACUGAAGUGUGGAGAUAUGAUCGUUGCUGUAAACGGGCUCUCCACCGUGGGAAUGAGCCAUUCUGCACUAGUGCCGAUGCUUAAAGAGCAGAGAAGCAAAGUUACUCUCAGUGUUAUCUCUUGGCCUGGAAGCCUAGUUUAACCCCUUCUUUAUGAGAUCCUCCUUGAUAUCUCAAUGCUGCUGUUAAUAGCUGGUUAAAAACUGGGCCAAAAUACUACAGUGCUCAUUUCAAUACUCAUCAUACUUUUAAUACUUGCCAUACCGGCGUCAUGAUUUCAGAUCUUGCCCAUACUCUGCUGGUAUCAUUGCAUAAUCACCUACGGAGCACGAGACUGGAUCACACCUCUACGGACUUCAGCAUUCUGCUUUGAUCUGGACUACAACUACCUUAACUGGCGUGACUGAUGUGGGUUUUACUUCCACAAAACCAAGUGGGAUAAGGCUUGUUCGCUCUUCCUCAAGAAAACUGUCUAAAGUGCAAGGACUUGAUUCAACACUCCACUCCAAACCCUUGGUUAACCUCGACCCAUCAACAGCGACACCCGUUUGCUUACAUCAUCAAACAUACAUUCUACAGAUUGUGUACAAUAUGCUGCAUAUGCCUCAUACGUGAAUAAAGUUUCACCGCUAAGACUCUGUUAACCCAUGUUGUGCUUGGGUUUUCCGUGCCGCCUUGGUAUGCCGUAGCUGGCCUCUGCAUCUCUGGCAGUAAUGAAUAAUUUAACAACUUGCAUAUUUCAUCCGGUUGUGUAUAAGCGUGGAUUACUUUUCCUGGCCUCCAGUGUGUUUAAAUGUCGUGCUGCUAUAAGGAUCAUAUUGGUUUACCUCUCAAGAAUGUUGCCAAUAAGCAACAUUCUAAGGAAAGAUAUCAGCCAUCCUACAUUAUAUUUGUGAAUUCCACACAAUACAAGGGGCCAAAGCUAAAUCUUAGUAAAUAGGUUUUUGUACCAUGCAAUAAUUGCUUUUUUUUUGUCACUAAUAAUAACGAAUAUAGACUGUACAAAGACAGGGAUUUUUUUUCCUAUGCGGUGUAGGCUUACCUUCCUGAUGAAUGUUUUGUUAUUGUAAACAACUUUUGAUAUUUUUACUGCAGAAUUUUACUAUUUCGCUAAUAAAUUGUGCUAGCUUGUAGUGACAUUUCUUGCA